AUUAUUACAUUAUUUAUAAGUGUAACGUUGAUACUGUGUUAUUAUUAUCGACGUGGGUACCUAUCGAUAAUCCCCUACGGCGGGUCGUCUACAGUCUGCCGUACCUGCAUAGGUACUAAACCGCUACAACCAGUAGGACAAGUAACCCCCAACCAGCUUUCGUCAUCUUCCACUUCCCGAGACCUCCCCGACGUCUCGCCUGCGAUAACUUCCUCGCUUCCUACAGACGGCAUUGCACCGGCGCCGCCCUCCCUCCUUGCUCUACGCCAUUCCAUGCGCAAGGCCAUGAUGUCCGGCAUUGCGACCCGUCCCCAGCGCAGCACACCACCCCAGAGCUCGAGACGCGCCACGCCAUGGAGAAUACGCCGCCGCUACCCACCCCGGGCCGCCGCGACGCCCCGUCGCCGGCCGAGAUAGCUGCCGCCGGAGCGCGCAAGCGGAGCGGCUCCGGGGCCGGCAUCCUCUCCAGAUUCCCCUUCCUGCGCACCAGCUCCUCCGACGGCAGCGGCAGCAGCCACAACCACGGCGGCAGCAGGCUGAGCCUCGGCGAAUCGCGACACCCCGAUCCCUCCUCCCCCGACCCGCCCUCCGUCUCUUCCGCCAGCAAGCCGCCCCGCGCCCUCGCCGCCGCCAUGUCCCAGCAGAAGACCCGCAAGCGCCGGGGCUCGCUCCGCAAGGUCGCCCUCCUGGGCCGCGGCGCCGCGCGCGAGAAGCGCGAGACGAAGCCCCCGCCCGCCGACGUCGCGCCCCCCGCAGCCGCACAGCCAGCCGCCGUCGAGCACCAGCGCCAGCAGCACUACCACCAGCCGGCGCCGACGAGGCCGAGCGCAGCAGCGCCUUACCCGGUCGCCGCGGGCGAGGGCCUCGGCUUGGGGAUAUCGGACAUCACGCCGCGGCCGUCGAUGGAUGGCUUCGCCGGGCGCGACGGCAUGCUGCUAUCUUCCUCGACUGCCGCGCCCGCGCCGCCGCCGCCGUCUCCGCCGCCACCCGACCACGAGGCCCAGGUGACGAGCCCCUCGAUAUGCUACACCUCCACGACCGACGAGGAAGACGUCCUCUCGCUACCCGUCCGCGUCCCCUCGCCGCUGCGCCCGGGGCGCCCGGAGCUGUCCUCCGGCUCCGAGACGUACUACGCCCAGCGCGCGCCGAGCAACUCGUCGUCGUCGUCGGCGUCGUCGAUACAGCGACGUCGCUCGGUCAAGCACACGAAGUCGCCGCUGUCGCUGCAGGGGCUCGCCGCCAGCCCCCUGCCCUCGUCCUCUGCCGCCGCCGCUGCCGUCGCUGCCGCUGCGGCCGCGGCCGCCGCGCGCGAGGACCAGGACUACGACUACGGCGAGACGGAGUGGUGGGGGUGGGUGGUGCUGGGCGUGACGUGGUUCGUGUUCGUGGUCGGCAUGGGGUCGUGCCUGAACGUGUGGUCGUGGGCGUGGGACGUGGGCACGACGCCCUACGCGCCGCCCGAGCUCCAGGACGACCCGACGCUGCCUAUCGUCGGCUACUACCCCACCCUCCUCAUCCUCACCUGCAUCAUGGCCUGGGUCUGGGUCGUCGUCGCCUGGGUCGGCAUGAAGUACUUCCGCCACGCCAAGAUCAGCGGCGACUGAUCGGAGCUCACCUGAGAGGACCUAACGAGGAGGGAGGGGGAGAUAGAUGGAGAGCGGGACGUAGGCGGAGGCCACGAGGAUGUCCGUCGCGCAGACUACCUUCCAUACCCUCCGACUUGCGAGGUCCUGUCGCUAUCUGAGCUCCCACCUACUCGAGACGGCGUAACACGCGUAGUGCGUAUAUAUAUCUGUGUACAUGGCUAGUGGUUCCCGUAUAUUAUAAUCUCGGGCCGGGGUCGGAUCGAGAAAGCGACGAAGGCGUUGAUCGCAAGGGACGCAGGAGCACGUAACUAGUAAUUACUCCCACAGUAAAAACCCCCAACGACUAAGUAUAGGUACAUACAUAACUCACAAUAGAACUUGAGAGCUCAAAAUAAACCCAUCU